CUCUCUCUCUCUCUCUCUCUCUCAUUCCUCAGUAGAACAGAUCCCAGUCUAGAUCUGACCCCUCCCUCUUUUUACCCUUUGCCCCUCUCUAUGUGGGAAUGAUGUGCACACCGGAGAGUCCAAUUUCUUCAAGGACCUGACAGCUUUAUGCCUUUUAUUUCUUAAGGAACUGCCUUCCUCUAUUUUUAAAAAUUAACAUUAAGGAACAAAGGGAGGGGGGUAGACGUUUACUUAUUUUUAUUCUAAGAGGUUUUUUUUAAUUUUUCCUUAAGAGGAAGAAGAUGAACUGAAAGAUCCACACCAUGGAGUCUCCAAUCUUAGUGACCACAUUCUGUUUGAUCUUCUGUCUCCGAGCAGUUUGGGGAAUUGGAGUUGAUCCCUCCUUGAAAAUCGACUUCUUGACCGAUUUAGAGCUGGGAGAGUCCACAGUAGGAGUGUUCCAGGUCCCUGGGCUGCACAAUGGAAGUAAAGCCUUUCUUUUUCAAGAUACUUCAAGGAGUGUAAAAGCAUCCAUUGCUACUGCUGAACAAUUUUUUCAGAAGUUACGAAAUAAACAUGAAUUCACUAUUUUGGUGACUUUAAAACAAAUCCAGUUAAAUUCAGGUGUUAUCCUAUCUAUUCAUCAUUUAGAUAAAAGAUACCUGGAACUGGAAAGCAGUGGUCAUCGAAAUGAAAUCAGAUUGCAUUACCAUUCAGGCAGAAAACAAACUCAAACAGAAGUCUUUCCUUACAUUCUGGCUGAUGAUAAGUGGCACAGACUCUCCUUAGCCAUUAGUGCCUCACAUUUGAUUUUACAUGUGGAUUGUAAUAAAAUUUAUGAAAGAGUGGUGGAAAAACCAUCCAUGGAUUUGCCUUUAGACACAACAUUUUGGCUAGGACAAAGGAAUAAUGCACAUGGUUACUUUAAGGGAAUAAUGCAAGAUGUGCAAUUACUUAUCAUGCCCCAGGGAUUUAUUACUCAGUGUCCAGAUCUUAAUCGCACGUGUCCAACUUGUAAUGACUUCCAUGGGCUUGUGCAGAAAAUAAUGGAGCUACAAGACAUUUUGGCCAAAACAUCAGCUAAGCUAUCCCAUGCUGAACAGCGGAUGAAUAACUUGGAUCAUUGCUAUUGUGAAAAGACCUGCACUAUGAAGGGUACUACCUACCAAGAAUCUGAAUCUUGGACAGAUGGCUGUAAGAACUGCACUUGCAUGCCAUAUGCCACUUUCAAGGAAGAACCUAUUUUGAAGGAGAGAAAAAAACAGUAUAUUCCUCUUCUGGAGUUUGUGUUCUCUAUGAAUGCAAGAAAAUGUAAGGAUAAAACAAUGAAGUUUGUGGAAAAUUCAGUCUGCCAGCCCUUGAACUGUCCAGAUACCCAUCAUAUUACUUUAUCUCAUAGCUGCUGCAAGGUUUGCAAAGGUCAUGAUUUUUGCUCUGUGAAACAUAACUGUAUGGAGAAUUCAGUCUGUCAGAAUCUAAAUGACAGGGCAGUAUGUAUUUGUCAGGAUGGUUUUCGGGCCCUUCGAGAGGACAAUGCCUACUGUGAAGACAUUGAUGAAUGUGCUGAAGGACAUCAUUAUUGCCGGGAGAACACUGUGUGUGUCAACACACCAGGUUCUUUCAUGUGCAUCUGCAAAACAGGAUACCUAAGAAUUGAUGAUUACUCAUGUGCAGAGCAUGAUGAAUGUAUUACAAAUCAGCACAACUGUGACAAAAAUGCACUAUGCUUCAACACUAUUGGAGGGCAUAAUUGUGUCUGUAACCCUGGCUAUACAGGAAAUGGAACCACAUGUAAAGCAUUUUGCAAAAAUGGCUGUAGGAAUGGAGGAACCUGUAUUGCUUCCAAUGUAUGUGCCUGUCCACCAGGCUUCACAGGACCUAGCUGUGAAACAGACAUUGAUGAAUGCUCAGAUGGCUUUGUACAAUGCGACAACCGUGCUAACUGCAUUAACCUGCCUGGUUGGUAUCACUGUGAGUGCAGAGAUGGUUACCAUGACAAUGGGAUGUUUUCACCAAAUGGAGAGUCAUGUGAAGAUAUAGAUGAAUGUGGUACUGGGCGACACAGCUGUGCCAAUGAUACUAUUUGCUUUAACCUGGAUGGUGGUUAUGAUUGCCGGUGUCCUCAUGGAAAAAACUGCACAGGGGAUUGUAUUCACAAUGAAAAAGUCAAACACAAUGGGCAGAUUUGGGUGUUAGAUAAUGAUCGAUGUUCUGUGUGCUCAUGUCAGAAAGGAUUUGUCAUGUGUCGCCGGAUGGUCUGUGACUGUGAGAAUCCCACUGUUGAUCUCUUUUGCUGCCCAGAAUGUGACCUCAGGGUUACCAGUCAAUGUCUUCAUCAGAAUGGGGAAAUCUUAUAUAAUAGUGGUGAUACCUGGGUGCAGAAUUGCCAACAGUGCCGAUGUUUGCAAGGGGAAGUUGAUUGCUGGCCUCUGCCUUGUCCAGACUUAGAGUGUGAAUUCAGCAUGCUCCCAGAGAAUGAGUGCUGUCCACUCUGUGUCACUGACCCUUGCCAGGCUGAUACCAUACGCAAUAACAUGAUGAAGACUUGCCUGGAUGAAAUGCAUAUGGUUCGUUUCACUGGAUCUUCUUGGAUUAAGCAUGGUACUGAAUGUACUCUCUGCCAAUGCAAGAAUGGUCAUGUCUGUUGUACAGUGGAUCUACAGUGCCUUCAAGAACUAUGAAGUUAACAUCUGUCUCUGAUAAGAGGUUUCUGAUUAAAUAUUUUACUAAAAAUUUAAACAGUCCAAAAACUUAUAGUUGAAACCAAAACUGGACCAUUUGCAUGUAGUUAACAUGCAGAUGUAUUUUAAGCUUUUAAUUAUAGAAUUUAUAGAGCUUGGAGAAACUACAGAAGGAAAAAUCAGUGGAUUAGUCAGAAUGCACUUCUGGUUAUUUUGUUUCUGAUCUGACUGUAUGGAAAUGAGUAUGGAAUGAGUGAUAUCAAAACCAAUGGAAGCAGACACUGAUCCUGUUUGAUAUCCGAAGGCAACUUUCUUCAUUUGGUGCAGAAAAUUACAGCUUAUGUUAUCUUUGCAUAUUGCUUGGCAUCCUUACUGUAACUUUUUUAGUCAGUGAAUGAAAAACAUUUUCUACAAGCUAGAUAAAGAACCUAUAAUGUUUUAUGUAUUAUACAUACUCGGAAAAAAUCUGAAACAAGUUAUAGAAAAAUAUAUAGGCAUGGAUGCUUAAUAUUUUCUGAUGGGAAAGUCAUCUCUAUUUGCUUUUUGUGUACUUAAUAGUACUUGCUUAAAUUCUUGUGCAAAAUUUAAAUAUCUCUUACAUGAUGAUAUUUGUGACUUUUUGAAUACUCUUCCCCUUUAAAAGUGAUUAUAUUCCCUGGUUCUUCUAAUUUUAUCUAUACUUUUCUCAUAAAUGGAUCAAUCUUCAUUUGUGCUUUCCCAUAAGGCUCUUUGGGGUGUUUUAUUUCCUUGAAAGGAGACCAUGUGGGAAAAUUAAUCAGCAGGGAUUUUAUCAUGUCAUAUGUCAGUUAAAAUCCCUAGAGAAUGUGUCUUCAGGAUUUGUCUCUUCUAGCUUUAAAAUUGUAUGAUCCUAUUUAUUUAAGGUGAUGAGAAAGCUUUAUUUGUUACAAGGAAUAUGAGCCUUGCUAGGAUGAUGCAACUCUUUACUGGUCCUUUAGCAACUGCUAAGAAACCUUUUCCUCAAAGUGAAGAUCAAAUUUUCAACCUUUCCCCUUUGGAUUUGCCUCCUGUUGCAUAGACUUUCUCAUACUUGGACUUCCAACAAGUUAAGAAGGAGAGAAUUCCUUUGUCCUCCUCCCAACAACACGAAAAGUUUAAAGCAAAAUCACUUGGAAGCAUGAAAUGGCCUUCUGAGUCUCAGGCUGCCUUUUUUUGCCUUUUCCUAAAUAUAGUUUAGCAGCUAGUAAUUCUAAAAAAUGGAUUUUUCUAGAAUUGGUCAUAAGUUACCUUAUGGAUCAAGAAUUAAAGAAUUUAAGAUUUAGGGAUUUAAAUUUAAAUGUUUGCAACAAAAUGCUUCUCAGGGGACAAAAUGAUCACUGCUAGGAUCAUCCUGUAGCUGUGAAGGACUAAAGUCAACCAUGUUUGUCUUGGCCAGAAGAGCUGAACUUUGUUAGCCGGAUGGUACAGAUGUCAAGUGGAUGGAAAAUAUCAAUUCAACUGUCCCAGAUAUCAUCUUUAUUUUUGGGGGGAGCAUAAUGAGGCCAUUUGAGUAGUAUUAUGGUUCUUGUAUCUGUUCAUACACUAAGUUGUGUUUUAUGCAUUUUUGUGGUGGCAGAAAUAAACCACUACCUUGAUACCCACAUUGUAUAUUGAGUUUUUCUUUUCUUUUUCUUCUAUCUUUCUUUCUUUCUUUUUUUAACAGAAAAGCCUGUUACCUACAUUUGGGGAAAUCCUAGAUCCAAGCAUUGUUCUUACAACCUAAGCUUUGUGUAAGUACAAAGUUUUCCUGAAAUUGCUCAAGGAUAAGAACAGAGCUAGAGUUUAAUAAUGAUUCAUUUAAGGACUUCAGGAUACCAGGAUGGGACCAAACUCCCCUUGGAAUGGACUAUCUAUGCCUCCAUUCCCCCAGUCUCACCAAAGAAGUCAUGGAGUGAUAUUAAAAAAUGGGCAGAUAAUUCAUUAAAGCUAAUGCAUAAAAUCACAGAAAUGCAAAACAGAUUAGGAGUAUGAUUGAGAACUAGGAAUGUAAUUAUUUUCCAAAUGAUUUUUUAAAAUAGAUGUAUAAAGGAUAUUGGAGUCAACAGAGAAUAACAAAU